AAAGAUAACGAUACGGAAGCAGACAUUGAAAAAGAACUUUGUGAGUUACAAAAGUGUAUAACAGUUUUUUUAAUUUCUGUAAUACUAUAACUUCUUAAUUCCAGAAUUCAAAUCAUUGUUUAUUCCUCUCAUUGCUUAACCCACCUUUUACUGAACAGAAAUAAAAUAAUAUGGAAAUGAAAAGACGACACAAGGGAUUUCUCAAACCUGCAGAUGAUGAUGAUUAUCUUACAUCAGCAGAGGCACAACCAAUUGAUAGAAAGAUUGGUGAAGAAAGAGCAGGUUUUGGUGAAGAGAGAAUUAUUACAUACAACUUUAAUCACUCAUCCACCAUUGAACAACAGAGACAACGACUACCGAUUUUCAAAUAUAGAACACAUAUUUUAUAUUUGCUAGAGAAGUAUUCUGUCUUAAUCAUAAUUGGUGAAACUGGAAGUGGAAAAAGUACGCAGAUUCCUCAAUUUCUUCUUGAGAGUGGAUGGGCGGGGGACAACAAAUGCAUCUGCGUCACACAACCUAGAAAAAUGGCAGCGGUAUCAUUAGCAAUGAGGGUAGCUGAUGAAAAAGGUGUGACUUUGGGAGAGGAAGUGGGCUAUUCUGUAAGGUUUGAAGAAUGUUGUUCUGAAAAGUUAACAAAGAUAAAAUUUGUAACAGAUGGACUUAUAAUUAGAGAAAUGAUGUCAGAUCCAUUGCUAAAACAGUACAGCAUUAUAAUGAUUGAUGAAGCACAUGAACGAUCACUUAAUACAGAUAUAGUCAUUGGGUUGUUAAAAAAAAUUCAGAGAAAAAGACCUGAGUUAAAAUUAAUCGUAUCAUCAGCCACAAUCGAUGCUGAGUUGAUGAUGAACUUUUUCAAUACUAAUGAAACAGAUGAUCCAACUAAAAAUACAGUAGCUGCAUUGACUGUUGAAGGCAGGAUGUACCCUGUAGACAUUUUCUAUCAGUUGGAUCCUGUUCCCAACUAUCUUGAUGCCAUGGUCGAAACUGUAAUAAAAAUUCACACACAUGAAAAACCAGGUGACGUUCUGGCAUUUGUGACUGGUCAGGAAGAAGUUGAGAAAGUGGUUAAAGAAUUGAAGAGUAGAUCAUCAACAAUGACUGAUGAUGACAAACCUUUUCUAAAAAUCAUACCUCUUUAUGCUGGUCUGCCAUUUAAAGAUCAAAUGAAAGCUUUUGAGAGACCAACAACUGUACCAGAAAUGCAAAGAAGCAACAUGGCAGGUGUCAUAUUACAGUUGAAAGCACUUGGAAUUGAUAACGUUUUGAAAUUCAACUUCCUCUCUUCUCCUUCUGUUGAUGCAAUGCUUUGUGGACUUGAAUUGCUAUAUGCUCUGGAAGCUUUAGAUGAUAACUGCCACUUGACUGACCCGAUUGGUCAACAGAUGGCCGAGUUUCCAUUGAAUCCAUGUUUCAGUAAAAUGUUGAUUAUGUCAGGAAGAUUUGGAUGCUCCAAAGAAGCUGUAGCUAUAUGCUCAAUGACUCAAAUCCAAAAUGUUUUUAUCAUGCCACACAACAAAAAAAUGAAGAUGGAAAAGAUGAAGAGAAAGUUUUCAGUGGCACAAGGCGACCAUUUGACGCUUUUAAACGUAUUUAGAGCAUUCAUUAAUUCUAAUAAAAAUCCACGAUGGUGCAAGGAAAAUUAUCUAAAUUACAAAGGCCUGAUGAGAGCUGUUGAAUUGGAGCAGAGAUUGAUUAAUUACCUGCGUCGUUUCAAAAUUCCACUGGAGAGUUGUGAAGAUGAUCCAGAACGGAUUAUUCGAUGCCUGGCGGCAGGCUUGUUUUGUAAUACAGCCAAGUACCACCCAUCGGGAGUUUACAGGACAAUCAGAGAUGAUCACUGCUUGAGCAUACAUCCCACAUCUGUUCUCUACACGGAACUACCAGCCGAUUACGUGGUUUUCAAUGAGGUUGUGCAUUCAGGUGGGGACAAGGAGUUCAUGAGGGAUGUGACGGUUGUUAAGCUGGAGUUCUUGACCGACGUCGCUAAACAUUAUUUCGAUUAUGGCUCUGACGGGCCUGCAGCCAAAAGGUCGAAAUACGAUUUUUGAAAUGUCCAAUCAAACUGGUGAUUGAAUAAUCGAUUGUUUAAUAUAUUUUUUAAAUUUUCAUUACUGUUGAUUGACAGUUGCUUCUUGAUUGAAAUAUUUUUGUGGCUAUUGUAUACAACAUUUCUUGAAGUCAUUCAUUAAUAAAAUCGAUCAAUGUUUU